GACUGGGUCGCGUCCGUCCGAUCGCCUGUGGCAGAGAGCGUCUUCAGCCUUUUUAUACGCUUCCGUCAAAUUGUAACCUCAUCCCACCGCCGCCCUCUCAGCUCUCAGCAACUCCUCCAGUCUCCUCCUCAACCCCCAGCACACACAGCGAGCCGACCCCACGACAAAAAGACCCCCAAAAAAUGGCUACCCGCAUUCAAUUCGAGAACAGCAGCGACAUCGGAGUCUUCUCCAAGCUGACGAACAGCUACUGCCUGACGGCUAUCCAGGGCAGCACCAACUUCUACUCCGCCUUCGAGGCCGAGCUCGGCGAUGUCAUCCCCAUCGUGCACACGAGCAUAGGCGGAACACGCAUCAUCGGUCGUCUCACAGCAGGGAACCGUCACGGCCUGCUCGUGCCGUCAACAACGACCGACCAGGAGCUCCAGCACCUCCGCAACUCGCUCCCCGACGCCAUCGCGAUCCAGCGGGUCGAGGAGCGGCUCUCCGCGCUCGGGAACGUCAUCGCAUGUAACGACUACGUCGCGCUCGUGCACCCGGACGUCGACCGCGAGACGGAGGAGAUCAUCGCGGACGUGCUCAAGGUGGAGGUCUUCCGCCAGACGAUCGCGGAGAACGUGCUCGUCGGCAGCUAUUGCGCGAUCACGAACCAGGGCGGGCUCGUGCAUCCCAAGACGAGCGUGCAGGAUCAGGACGAGCUGAGCAGCUUGCUCCAAGUACCAUUGGUGGCUGGUACAGUAAAUCGUGGAUCGGAUGUCAUCGGUGCAGGCCUUGUCGUGAAUGACUGGUGUGCAUUCACCGGCCUCGACACAACCGCAACAGAGAUCAGUGUCAUCGAAGCAGCAUUCAAACUACAAGGACAAAACCAAGCCGCCGUCAUCGGGGAGAUGCGCGACUCGCUCAUCGACAGCUGGGCGUAAGCCCUCGCUCUGGGUUCCUGUACAUGUGGACAUCGCUCC